UAGUGGAACAACCAUUUUCAAAAUAAGUUUAUAAAAGUUUUAUUACUUAAAAACUUAAUUUGAUAAAUUUCUAGCGCGAAAAGGAGUAUAUAUUCUUUUGGAUUUAUUUUUUUUUAUUUAAAACCGAAGUAAAUUAGAAGAAAACAGAAAAAUUGAUAGAAAAUUUUGCAUAGAAGAGCGUGGGAAAAAAAUUGAACAAUAUGCCUACUUCUGAAGAUGAAGGUGGUGGAACGCAGUGUACAUUGAGUAACUAUGCUACAACGGACGAAAAUACUUCUUUUUCUGAUUCAGAUGAUAACUCUGAACAUGAAGAGGUUAAUUCAUCUGGUAUGGAAUCACCUGUAAUGUCUGGGUCUUCAAGCUAUAUGCCUCCAAACAAAAAAAUGCGAAAAAAUAGUAACGAAUCCACUUCCCCUGGAAUUAAAAUGAAAAGUGAGUGGUCCAAGAGUUACUCAGGUUAUUCGGAAGCUGCUGUGAAUAUUAUGCAAAAAAUGGGUUACAAAGGAGAUGAAGGUUUAGGAAAGGAGGGGCAAGGUAUUCUGAAACCAAUCGAGGCAAGUCGUCAAGAAGGAAGACGAGGUUUUGGUUUAAGACUUGAUGAUUUAGAUGCGGCUUCGGCAAAGUGGGAUCCCAGUAUGGAAAAUAUUCAAUUAUCUGAAACAGUCAAUUGGUUAAAAAAUAAUGAUAUAGACUUUUUAAAUAACCUGACUAUGGACGAUUUGGAUAACUGGACUGUAACGGGACCACAAAAAUUGAUAAUUGACGAUGAAUCACAUUUUUGCGAUUCCAGAGUUUUAGAAAAUGUGUUAACUUCAAAAAGUGUUUUUGACAAUUUAAACGCAGGAGACAUGCGAAAAGCUAGAACGCGUAGUAACCCAUUUGAAACUAUUCGAGGGAAUAUAUUUUUGAAUAGAGCAGCGGUGAAAAUGGCCAACAUAGAUGCUAUAUGCAAGUUCAUGUUUACGAAUCCAGUUGAUGAAAAUGGGAGGAGUUUAGUUAAAAAUGAUGAUUUAUUGUAUUUUGCUGAUAUUUGCGCUGGACCUGGUGGGUUUUCUGAAUAUAUUCUGUAUAGAAAAAAGUGGGAAGCCAAAGGAUUUGGGUUUACUUUAAGAGGUGAUAACGAUUUUAAAUUAACCGAAUUUCUAGCUGGACCACCUGAAACAUUCGAUCCGCACUACGGAGUGAAAAAUAACGGAGAUAUUUAUGAUCCAGAGAAUCAAGAAUCUUUUGCGGAUUACGUGUUAAGACAAACUGAAUCUGGUGUUCACUUUGUGAUGGCUGAUGGCGGGUUUUCCGUUGAAAAGCAAGAAAAUAUACAAGAAAUUUUGUCAAAACAAUUAUAUUUAUGCCAGUGUCUUGUAGCUCUUUCAAUUUUAAGAGAAAAGGGGCACUUUGUUUGCAAAAUGUUCGAUCUUUUCACCCCGUUUAGUGUUGGUUUAAUAUAUUUAAUGUAUAAAUGUUUUGAAGAAAUCACGAUAUGUAAGCCAAAUACAAGUCGCCCUGCAAAUUCAGAACGAUAUUUAAUAUGUAAGUGGAAAAAAUCAAAUACAGAAACUAUAAGAAGGCAUUUUUCUGAAAUAAAUAAAAAAAUUUGUAGUAAUGAUCCAAAUAAUGAUAUUUUGCAUUUGGUUGAUAUAAAUAUUCUUAAGCAAGACAAAGAAUUUUUUGAAUAUAUUUAUGAAAGUAAUAAUACAUUAGGAAAAAAUCAAAUAAUUGGACUGAUAAAAAUCGCUGCGUAUUGUAAAGAUGAUACUCUCAAAGAAAAUAAUCAAGCGGAUUACAAAAUGAAAAGUCUAAAGCUAUGGAACUUGCCAGAUCAAAUUCGUACCGUUCCCGACACUCCAACUAACGAAUCGUUAUUAGAGGAACUUUUGAAGGAAUGGAAAGAUGACAAAACUAUGAUGAGCGUUUCUCCACUUGAAUUAAACAAAGUACAAGAUUUGGAGAAACGAAUACGUUACGUUUAUGAUUGGCACUUUGUACCAGUUUGCAGAGAAGAAACUAAAGAAAAUGUAAAAUCUUUUUUUCUGUCCAAGGGCAAAACAAAUGUGCUAAAGUACUGCAGUGGGCGAUGGGAACCUGUUGAAUGUUGUUUAGAAAUCAGCCCUAAAACUCUUAUUUAUGGAGAAAUAGUCACGGAAUUAAUGGGUGAAGGCAGAUCACAAAAUAAAGUAAAAGCUUUGCAUAUUAUAGAUGGUAUAGUCUUAGGAGGCAUUGAUAUUCAUCGUGAACCACUCCAAGAACGUAUAAGAAUGUGCACAAAAUUUGCGAAAGCUUUAAACAAACCUUACAAAACAACAAACGUCGUAGGAAAUUAUCAGCCUGUAGCCCCUAUACGAUGCAAAAAAUUAUAUGCCCUCAAUGAAAUACAAGUAUUUUUCAAUGCAAUGCGGCACUAUAAAUUAAAAGAUGGUACAUCUAGACUGGGCUUUCGAAUACGAAGCGACGACCCAUCUAGAGCUGAAAGGUUUUUUGUACCUGGUGGGCUUAUGUUUUUUAAUGAAACCAAUCCCCCUUUUGUUAAAGUACUUUCCAGGUCGAAGAAUAAGUUUUACUAUCAUAAUGAAACCAAUAAAGAAGCAUAUUACGUUGAUGAUUUACCAAAAAAUGUAAGAGCCGCAACUAUUGCUUCAUUUAGAGGUAGCUAUUACAGGAGACUCCUUUGGAAAUGGACUAAUAUAUAUCAAGUUGAAGAAAAUGUUAACGACGAUAAUAGGCAGGAAGAUAUAUUAUAUCGAGAUGACUUAAAUAAUUAUAUAUUAAGGAUUUCUACAAGAUAAUAGAAAUAAAAAGUUAUAAUGUUUGUAUAAUUUUAAUUCUAAAAAAGAAAAUAAUUGUAUUACUAUCAAUAUAUAGUAGACGUGUUUUAUAUUUAGGUGUACACUUUUUCUUUUUCCGUCGUACAAAGAAAAUAUCCUAUAUCUAAUUGUUAUUUUAGGCAGACAUAUAGUAUGA